AUGUCUACGGGGAAUCCAAACGAUACAAGCAAGCCAGCGGGAAGCAAGGGAGCUCACUAUCACCGAGAAUGCACCGGUGCAGCGCUCGAAACGGCUGAACGGCACGCCAAAUCCAUCAACACACCGCAGGAUGAUGGCAUCUGCAUUUUCGGUGCGGCCUUUUGUCCUUUUGUCCAGCGCGCUUGGAUCGUGCUUGAAAUGCUAGGUGUCGAAUACCAGUACAGGGAAGUCGACCCGUAUCAGAAGCCUUCGGACCUGCUUGCCUUGAACCCGAAAGGGCUGGUUCCAUCGCUCAAGCUCAGCUGCGGGGAUAAGCCAGGUGAGGUCAUGGGUCUGGGGGAGUCGACGGUUAUUGUCGAAUACCUACUUGAGCGCUUCCAACCGCCACCGUCGGGGACGACACUUCUUCCCCCGUUAUCUGAGCCGUACGCCCGUGCGGUGCAACGUCUAGCUGUCUUCCGCGGUAACCAGUCCGUCGUUCCGGCCUUCUACCGGUUUCUGCAGUCGCAGCCUGAUUCGGAUCCAGAGCACCAUAUCAAGCGGGAAGAGUACAUCAAGACAUUGACGAAUUUUACGCAGAGCAUGCAUCCCGAAGGUCCAUUUUGGGCUGGGAAGCAAAUCUCAGUGGUUGACUGCAACUUGUUCCCUUGGAUCUUCAGAACGACCAAUGUGCUCAGGCAUUUCAGAGGGUUACAAUUGCAAGACUGGGGGGCCAAAGAGGGACGCAUGGCGCAGUGGCUUGAGGCAAUGAUGAAAUUACCGGCAGUUGCCGGCACGUGCUCGACCGAGGAGCUCUACUUGGACUCUUAUGCGCGCUAUGCUGAGAACAGAAAGGGAACAAGUCAGGUAGCUGAUGCCACCAAUACCGGUCGAUCAUUACCAUGAGAAUAGCUCUUUCACAGAAUACAGCGAUUGCUUGCUACCUAGUGUAAAGAGGCGCUCGCAAUGUAGGUGACACG